AAAUUGGAUUUUUGCUACGGAAAUCUACGGAAAAAUUAAAUUUUUCAACGGAGAACUACGGAACUAGUUUUGUCUGGCGAGCAAAAAAAAAAGCUUUCUAGUGCGAGAGCUUCCGAGGAAAAUACCAAUCUACGGAAAUGAUACUACUACAAUCUGGUAUCACUGAUGCAUAUAUCAAUUCAAAACAGCCUCUGUUUUUCGUACCACAUAGCAAACAGCAAGCAUUUUCUUGGUUUGCGGAUCCUACCCGUAAAGAGAACUUUAAGUUGUGUUACCCACGAAAGUGCUAGUGUUUGCAUUUAUAGAUAGUACUGAUUAUUAGUAUUCGAUUUAAAUCUAGGACAAGCAGGUUACAUCAGAAUGGUCAAACGAAACCACAAGUACCAAUCUGGCGAAGGUGCCCAGUAUAUAACCCGAAAGGCAGCAAUGCGUAAGCUUCAACUGUCCAUGCAGGAUUUUCGUCGACUGUGCAUCCUGAAAGGUGUUUAUCCACGCGAACCAAAACACAGAGUGAUUGCCCAACGUGGAAGUACCGAUAUCAAGAUUCUGUUUCACAAGAAGGAUAUCACUUUCCUACUACAUGAACCUAUAGUAUGGACAUUGCGAGAUCGAAAAAUUUUCAACCGACGCAUUGCUCACGCCCGAGCCAAAGGAGAUAAUUUAUUGAAAAAUGUGCGGAUGGCAAACUAUCCGGUGAUCAAACUGGACCACAUAAUCAAAGAACGAUUUCCAACAUUUAUGGAUGCCAUCAAGGAGCUGGAUGACUGCAUGACGUUGCUGUUUUUGUUCAGCACUUUUCCAGCGACAAAAGUUAUUACUAGGGACCUAACAUCGCUAGCCAGAAGGUUGACAAUCGAAUUCAUGCACUACAUCAUUGCGGCAAAGGCGAUCCGAAAGGUGUUUGUUUCAAUUAAAGGAUAUUACUUCCAGGCGGAUAUCAAGGGAGAACUGGUGACGUGGAUUGUGCCACAUUACUUCCCUUAUCAACCACAAAAGAAGGAAUAUGUGGACUUUAAGAUCAUGCGAUGUUUUGCUGAUUUCUUCACAAUUAUGGCCGGAUUUGUAAACUUCCGUUUGUACAAUUCUUUAAAUUUGGUUUACCCUCCUAAGUUUUCCGUUUCAAUCGAUUCGGAUGAGAGUAGAACGAAUGAACAGACUUUCGUAUCGGAAAGAAUUGCCGCAUUGAACUUGGACUUGCUUCGAUCGGAUCAAGCUCCGGUGGAAGAAGAAGAUGAGAAUAUUGAUUUCCAAUUGCUGGAAGGCGACAAGGAUUCCGACCAAGCUAGGAAACUACGUGAAGAAGCUGUCAGUCUUACCAAACUGAAAACCCUCUUUAAAGGAUUGAAGCUUUUCAUCAAUCGAGAAGUUCCACGGGAGCCCCUAGUUUUUGUAAUCCGUUGCUUUGGAGGUCGCGUUUCGUGGGAUAAAAACUUGUUCGUUGGUGCCUCCUUCGACGAAACGGAUGAAACGAUCACUCAUCAGAUUGUGGACCGACCAAGUAUGAACAAACAGUACAUCUCCCGAGACUACGUGCAGCCGCAAUGGAUUUUCGAUAGCGUCAAUCAGAGGAAGCUGCUUCCUGCCAAUAAGUACUUUAUAGGAGCUGUUUUACCGCCACAUUUGUCACCAUUCAAUCGUGACGAUGCUAUCUACGUUCCACCGGAGGAAGCUAGCAUGCAGGCGGGUAAUGAUUUCGAGAAGCCUACGCGAGAGGAAGGUGUAUCCGACGAUGAGGAGGAAGAUCUUCGUUUGGAAGAGGAUGGUCGGAAGCAGGUUCAGUUAGACUUUGCUUUGGAAAAAGCUUUUCGCGAAGAAAAUGCAGAAGUGUACAAUUCUGGGGAGCAGGUUGACAAAGCAAAGGAAUCCGAUAAGGAAGACGAUGAUCAGAAUGAAGAGGACACCAGAAGAAAGGAGAAAAAGAAGAAAAUGGCCGUAGUAAGUGGAAAGAUUUAUAAAGAGAAUCCGAAGGAGCAAAAACAGCUGACUAAGCAGGAAGAGGCCCUCCGGGCUCGAAUGGUCAAAUCCAAACACAAAAAGUUGUACAGAAAAAUGAUGGACAAGCAGAAAAGAGCCACCAAAGAGGCUAAUCUGCUUCGGGAGAAGCGACAACAAAUUGAUAAAAAGAAACGGCAGGAACAGACGGAAAAAAGGAAAGUCGAGCGAAAGAACAUUCUUGCCAAAUAAUCCCCGUGGUAUGAGAUUUAUAUUAUUUGUAUUUACUUGAUAUGUGCUAAUCACAAACAUAAAUAAAUCUCGAAGAGUGUACACCUUUUUCGAAAAAACUCAAA